AUGCUCCCCAUCCGAAUUGCAUAUUUGUUGGGACGUCGUUAUGUUCUAUUAGAUGCCGUUUACAGCGCUAUACAAGUGCUGGGGGCCCGUCAGGAGUCGAUGGACUCCUGGAAGCGGCUGGUUGAACGCAUACCUGUGGAUGUUACCCUUGAGCACUCCAGGAGUCGAUGGACUCCUGGAAGCGGCUGGUUGAACGCAUACCUGUGGAUGUUACCCUUGAGCACUCCAAAAGCUACGGAGCCAGGGAUUAUGAUGAUGAUGGUGAUGAAGGGACAUAGUGAAACAGGUGUAAUAUAUGCGUACACAUUUGAACUACUGCAAAUUGCUUCCAACAAAUACAGAAGAAUAUGGUACCUGCCGUUGUAUUUUUGUCGGUGCACCGUUUGCAACACCAUAAGCAACCACAGCAACGGCAACAGCAACAGACGACAGUACAGCGGUGAAGCAGAAGAGAAGACAGCAUUAGCUGGCAUACCAGGGCCAGUACUUGCCGUCCUAGCAGGCGAGCAGCCACAGCAGCAGCAGCCACAGCAGCAGCAGCCACAGCAGCAGCAGCGACAGCAGCAGCAGCCACAACAAGAAAGCGGAUGCUCUUCGCUUCGGCUGCUCUCGAACCGUCUGAUUUCGCAAGCUCGCGCACACCGCAGCGCCAACGACAGCAACAAGAAGAACCGCGGCAGCAACAGGAGCAUGCAGAUGAAGACGGGGGACGGCUGCUAUAGCUACCACCCGCAUAGAUAUCAUCAGGGAAAUCAGCGAAAACAACAACAGCGACAACAGCACCAGGUGGCUUCUUCCCUGCUCGGUGUUGAGGCCAUAGAAGACGAGAAGGCGGUGCGUCUUGGAGGCGUAGAGCAGAUUGCGGGGCAAGGGGCAGGCGUCGAGGCGUUUAAUCCUGCGGUGUCCGUUGAAAUCUCUGGCUUGGCUCGUGGCGCGCAAGGGGAUAGACUGGUCGGCCUGAACAGACCGGAGGAAGGAGGGGGCGUAGAGUCGCUUGCUACUGUUGCAAUGCCAGUUGAAACCACUGGACUCGCUGGUGGAGCGGGCCGGGACAAACUGGUCACCCUGAACAGACCGGAGGAAACAGGAGAGGCAGCGGGCGCUUUCUCCUUGGUUUCAGGUACAGGCGCGCCAUCGUUCUCGGUCGUGGUCCAGUCGGGCAUCUGA